AUGGGUAAAUCAACUACUAAGAAAGACUCAAAGAAAGUCCAAAAGCAAAAGAAAGAAGAAAAAGCCGCUGCUACUUCAUCUUCCGAAUCUUCCUCCUCUGAUUCAUCUUCUUCAUCAUCUGAAUCUUCAUCUGAUUCCUCUGACUCUGAAUCCUCCGAUUCUGAAUCCGAAAAGGAAGAAGAAAAGAAGGAAGAAAAGAAGGACUCUUCUGAUUCAUCCUCUUCAUCUUCUGAUUCUGAAUCUGAAAAGGAAGAAGAAAAGAAGGAAUCCUCUAAAUCUGAUUCUGAAUCUUCUUCUUCUUCUUCUGAUUCCGAUUCUGGUUCUGACUCCAGCUCUGACUCUGAAUCUGAAUCUGACAAAGAAGAAAAGAAGGAAUCUUCUAAAUCCGAUUCUGAAUCCUCCUCCUCUUCUGAAUCCGACUCAGAAUCCUCUGAUAAGAAGCGUAAAUCCGAAGACGUUGAAGAAGAAGAAUCCGAAUCCAAGAAACAAAAGACUUCUGGCGGUGAACCUGCUACAAUUUUCGUCGGUAGAUUAUCUUGGUCUAUUGAUGAUGAAUGGUUAAAGAAGGAAUUCGAACAUAUUGGUGGUGUUGUUGGUGCUCGUGUCAUUUACGAAAGAGGUACCGACAGAUCUCGUGGUUACGGUUACGUUGAUUUUGAAGAUAAAUCAUAUGCUGAAAAGGCCAUUCAAGAAAUGCAAGGUAAGGAAAUUGAUGGUAGACCAAUUAAUGUUGAUAUGUCUACUAGUAAGCCAGCUGGUGGUAAUGACCGUGCUAAGAAGUUCGGUGAUGUUCCAUCUGAACCAUCUGAUACUUUAUUCUUGGGUAACUUAUCUUUCAAUGCUGAUAAGGAUAACAUCUACGAAACUUUCAGCAAAUAUGGUGAAAUUAUUUCUGUCCGUAUUCCAACUCAUCCAGAAACUGAACAACCAAAGGGUUUUGGUUACGUUCAAUUUUCAAACAUUGAAGAUGCUAAGAAGGCUUUAGAAGGUCUACAAGGUGAAUACAUUGACAACAGAGCUGUCAGAUUAGACUACUCUACUCCAAGACCAGCCAAUCCUGAAGGUGGUUUCAACAGAGGUGGUGACCGUGGUGGACGUGGUGGUCGUGGUGGUUUCAACAGAGGUGGUGACCGUGGUGGACGUGGUGGUCGCGGUGGUUUCAACAGAGGUGGUCGUGGUGGUAGCCGUGGUGGUUUCAGAUCAACUGGUUCCAACAAUGCCCCACUAGGUAGAGGUAGAGAUACCGCCAGUUUCGCUGGUUCCAAAAAGACCUUUGAUUAA